AUGGCAUCUCAGGAGGAGGACAUUCAGCCCAAACUGACGCAAGUUGGUGAAUGUUGCUAGCGGAUAAAUACCGCUGUCCCAAUCCUCGGAGAUUAUGAAUUGACGUUUUGGUUCAGAAGUUACAUCUAGAGCAUUAUUUGACGACAAUGUUGAAUAAAAAUCAAUGGAACUCUCAAAAGAUUUCCCCAUCGCAUCAUAUGAGGGGUCUGGAGUAUUCUUCGGUCAAACGGGUAGCGCUGUAGGCAACAGUAAGGCUGUGGUGAGGUACCGGACUAAUUUACCUUUGACAAUUUAGUCCCGUUUACUUUACCCGGGAUGCUUGUUUGAAUGUAACGAAAAACAACACACUUGUACAACCCGCCUUGCUGGCCUGCUUUGCCGUCGUCGCUCUGUUCAGAAUCUCUAUAUUGUUCACUGCCCAGUUUUCUUUUGCUGCCUUUUAGGCUAGGGAAUCGUGCGAUAUACCUCGUUAUUUCGUGGGAGCAUUAUCAUUUGCGUCAUUGGUGACUCCCGACGUUAACGCAGAUUUUAUACCUUACUAUGUCAUACUGAAUAACAUUUAACGUACUAUUUGUUUAUGAAUUUCUAUUCCAUUUACGUCUACUUUUCUCACGAAUUCUGAUAUUAUAUAAUCUCUGUCUUUAAUAGUUUAUCUCAUUCCAACCGAGAGUUUGAUGCCACCCCGCCCAGUCCCUUCAUGCAAUCAAUUUUACCCUGCCUGAAUUCUGACACCACGCUUUAGAACAUUACUUCAUCCGCAUCGAAUCAGCCUUUUAUUCGGCUAACGUUACUAAGGAGCAGGCGAAAUACCACAAACUUGAUGAGGUUCUCCCCGUUUGUGUCAUCUCUUAAGUUCAGUCCUUGCUAUCUAAUACUCCUGCAGAUUCUCCCUAUUCCACCUUAAAGGCAGAAAUCCCUGGACUUAGUUCUUUGUCCGACCGACAGCGGUAUCACCAGACACUUAAGGAGGAAUCACUGGGUGACCGGAAGCCCUCAGAACUUCUUCUUCGAAUGCGUUCUCUUCUUGGAGACAUGCAAGUUGACGAUAAAUUCUUCAAGGAGAUGUUUCCAGAACGUCUGCCUGCAGAUGCUUAAACGAUCCUGGCAUCCGGUUCUGAAGAUCUCUCGGUCUCACAACUGGCUAAAAUGGCGGAUCGAAUGAUAUAGGUGCAGUGGUCCCAUUCGCAUUCCAUUGUCCAGAUCUACACAUCCUCAUCGUCAGUGAAUGAGUAUUUAAUGAAGGAAGUGUCGAUCAUGGCGCAUGAGAUGGCCUCCUUUAAACUAAAGCUCACACGCUUUACUUCCUAUCGCUCACGCAGCCGUCGUCGUUCUCGUUCGCGACCUCGAUACUUAUUGGUAUCAAACUAAUUUCGGCGUAAAGGCCCGUCGCUGUUCCGCACCUUGCACUUUUAAGCCGAAGCAGGGAAAACAGUCAGCCAGAGAAUAGAUGCGACCGUUUUCUCCGACUCUUCCGGCUCUGGUCGCCCCUUCUAGGUUUGCGACACUGCGACUCGCCGACUAUUCCUGAUGUACACUGGAGCCGAAAUCAGCGUUGUUCCCCCAACUGCAGCUGAUCGUCGUUUCCCUAGCCCUGAUCGUCACCUCCAAGCUGCUUACUGUUCCCCCAUUCCAACUUUUGGCAGUUUGUCCCUCACCCUGAACAUUGGUCUUCGUCGGUCAUUCACCUGGAUCUUUGUGAUUGCUGAUAUCCCUCAGGCUAUCCUCGGCUCGGACUUUCUUGCCGAGUACUAA